AUGUCUAACUCGGAUUCCUUUUCUCACGACAUCGAAAAACAAAACUCGAUAGAUCCUUCGAAAGCAAAGCACAAGCCUUCCACAGGGUCUGCCUUCCGGCACGAUGACCACAACAUCUACAUCAACGACCAGGCCAUCGACAAGAACGACUUCAUCUACGCCUUCGGCGGCUCGCUCAACGUCGUCCAGUUGCACGCACGUUAUGUGCACACCCCCCACGUACUUCUUGGCGCGUUCCUCACCACCGCAGGAGUCGUCGAGAUCAUUGUAGGCGUGCUUUGCUUCGUCAUUGGUAACACCUGGGCCUGCUGCACUUUCCUCAUGUUUGGAGGCUUCUGGAGUUCCUACUCGUUUGUGCUGAUGGACGUUGGUGGAAUUGCUGCGAGGUAUGCCACCACGCACGAGUACGACCAGGCCAUCGCAAUCUUCUUCCUUCCCUGGGCGCUCUUUUCGUUUGCUCUGUUUGCCUGCACCUGGAGGUCCACGUACAGUUUGUCAUUCCUGAUGUUUUUGAUCUGGUUCUUCAUUCUUCUGUUCACCAUCGCCCAGUUCAUCUCGUCUGUCAACACGAUGAAGGCAGGGGGCUACUUCUGCAUGCUGAGUGGAAUCAUGGGCUUCUACAACAUGUUGGCAGGGCUUCUGGACGAGACCAACAGCUACUUCACCAUCAAGCCGUUCUACAUGCCGAAUGCCGUUAGACCAGGAAAGACCGAAUAG